AUGCCGGUCGCAGACCUUCUACGGUCACUUCUUGUUCUGUCGGUCGCGGCGUUGCCUCGACCCCUGCUCCUCGCUCUCAUACAAAUGGCCAAAGAUCGCGCGAGUCUUCUGAGUCGCAGCAGGUUGCUAAGCUGGAUGAUCAGGAACACCUUCUACAAGCACUUUUGCAUUGGUUCCAAUAUGAGCGAGAUCAUAUCCAACACCGCUGCCAUUCGAAAGAGGAGCGUUGAUGGUGUAAUCUUGACUUACGCAAAAGAGGCAGCAGUACGACAGACUUCGACACAAGCGGUGACGCUGACGAGGACUGACCAAGAUCUGAACAACUGGGUUCAAUCCAAUCUUCAGACCAUAGAAAUGCUGUUUCCAGGGGACUACGUCGCGUUGAGGGUCACAGGAGCAGGACCAGCCUCAGUCGACUUUCUGAAGCGGUAUACUUCGGCCUGUACAUGGGAAUCAGGUUCGCCAGCCUCCACCAAUGAAAUGGAGACGAAUCUCAAGCAAGAGCAUCAAAUCCUCCAAGACGCGAUGCGACAAAUAUGCACGAAAGCCCAGUCAAGACGAGUCCGUAUCCUGGUCGACGCCGAAGGCUCACGCUACCAGCGUGCCAUAGACGAGAUAUCACUGAAUUUAAUGGCCGAGUUCAACCAGCACAGCAACAGUAGUCGUAACGAGAAUGGCAGAGCCACAAUUCUGAACACCUACCAGCUCUACCUCAAGAACAAUAUCGACAAGAUCAAGCGGCAUCUCCAACAUUCGGUUGAUCAUAACUACACCUUGGGGCUCAAGCUCGUAAGGGGUGCGUAUAUGUCCGUUGAACCUGACCGGGAGAUCAUUCACGAUAGUAAACAGAACACGGAUGAAGCAUAUGAUGCCGCGGUGAAGUUUUUGCUCGAUGAUCGGGCAAAUGGACUUGAGGAGGGGUCGACUCAUGCCGAGAAGUGGACUACUGAUAUCAUGCUUGCCACGCACAACACACGGAGCGUUCAAGAAGCCUUGAAACAGUACAUGUCCAUUACCAAAUUCAAAGACAGGGUUCAAGGUCUCGCCUUUGCACAGCUCAUGGGCAUGGCGGACGAGCUGUCGUUGUCGCUCGCGGCGCAUUUGGGGCAAAUUACUACCGAAACUACACUCGACUACGGGCAAGAUUCAAUCCUCACAACUCAUGCACAUCAGAACUUGACCUUUGCCCGAGUGCGAGACCCUAAAGCUCCAGUUUCUAACUAUCCAGAAUUGAGUGUCUAUAAAUAUACCGUUUGGGGCACCUUGUCUGAUUGUUUGUUGUACAUGCUCCGACGAGCAGAAGAGAACAGCGACGCUGUAACGAGGAGCCGUGGGACACUAAUGGCUGUAUUGAAGGAACUCUUGAAGAGGCCGAUGUUGCUUUAG